UAAACUAUUUUUUAUUUAGAUUGUAUUUAUUUAUAGGGGCGGCACGGUGGCUCAGUAAGUAGGACUGUUUUCUCACAGCAAGAAGGUCCUGGGUUUGAUCCCCAGAUGGAGUGGUCCGGUUCCUUGCUGUGUGGGUUUGCAUGUUCUCCCCAUGUCUGUGUGGGUUCUUCUGGGAGCUUGUGGGAGUUUCCUCCGACAGUCCAAAGACGUGCAAGAGAGGAUUUCAGAAUAAAAACCGAGUGGCUAUUUUAGCUGAGCUGGAUAAAGAGAAGAGACGCCUGAUACAGAACCAGUCCAUGAAUAACCCGGGAGCAAGCAUUCCACUUUCAAGACCAGCUGUAAAGGAAUUUCGGGAUCACGCAGAGCAGCAGCACAUUGCUGCACAGCAAAAAGCAGCUUUACAGCACGCUCAUGCACAUUCUUCAGGCUUUUUCAUCACUCAAGAUUCCUCGUUUGGAAACCUGAUUCUCCCUGUAGUGCCGAGACUCGAUCCAGAGUGACAAAGAAAAGAAGGAUUAUGAAAUAAAACGGACAUUUUUCUUUCUACAGUCAAAGUUUAUUGUCUUUCACAUAUUUAUCAUUAAAAUCAGUGUGAUUGCAGGUUUUUGUUCUGAACAAGCAGUAGCCAUAUCUAAUUGGGUCUUGGUCUUGAAUGGCUAAUGUAGUGAUGCUUUAUUUACCUGAUGCUGAGUAUUGGUACUGGGAUUUUGUUGGCCUGACCCAUUAGGGGUGCAUCCCUGUACUAAGUAUUUUAAAUAAAAAUAAAAUGCUUCUGCUUGGUUGAAUUAAAAGUCUGCAGUUCCACUAUCCUAUGUACAUUUAUUUUGACCAAUAACUUAAAUGUUUAUUGUUCUGCUGUAUUUUAUAUAAAAUAAAAACAAUCUUGACUCUU